CUAAGGAAAUACAGAACAGGAGACCUGAGGUGUCCAGGAGGAGUACUAUAAAAUCAAAGAGGUGCAUGGCAUGCAUGUGGCUUUCAACAGUUACUGGAGGAAUACUGGCACUGUUUGUCUCUAUGAAGAUUUUUUUCCCAUAUUUCUGGGAGGAUCUGGUCUUCUUCUUGAAGCGGAAGAGGUUAAAAUCAAUGAUAAAGAAACGGGCAAAAAAUGGAAUUCUGUCAAUAAUUGAUCUUUUCAUGCAUAGAGUGGGAAAGAUACCCCACAAGCCAUUCCUCAUCUAUGAAGGGAAUGUGCAUACCUACGAGGAUGUGGACAGGAGGAGUAACAAGGUAGCGCAGGUCUUCCUACACUAUGGGGCUCUGAAAAAAGGUGAUACUGUGGCCCUGCUGAUGGGUAAUGGACCUGACUUCAUUCAUGUGUGGUUUGGACUGGCAAAACUGGGCUGUGUGGUGGCUUUCCUCAACUUCAAUGUCCGAUCCAGAUCUCUCCUGCACUGUUGUAAUACAUGUGCAGCAAAAGCAGUGGUGAUAGGAGAAGAUUGUUUGGGAUCAAUAGAGACUGAGUUUAUCUUUCAUCUCUUGGAAAACAAUGUUAAUGUCUGGCUGAUGAGCACCAGUUCUCCUUUCCAGCAUGUUGGCACCAUCUUGGACAAGCUAGACAAUGUCCCUGAUCACCCUGUUCCGUCUCACCUUAGAGCUGUCAAUAACGGAAGAUGCACAGCCAUGUAUAUUUUCACAUCAGGAAGUACAGGUUUUCCAAAAGCUGCUAUCAUCACUCAUCUAAGAGCCCUAUCUGCCUGUUUAGCAUUUAUUCAGUGUGGAGCAACUUCUCAGGAUAUUAUGUAUCUCACUCUUCCUUUGUACCACAUCAGUGCAUCUCUUCUUGGCAUUGGUGGAUGCAUUGAAUUAGGAGCAAUUUGUGUUUUGAAGAAGAAAUUUUCUGCAAGCCAGUUUUGGAAUGACUGUAGAAAAUACAAUGUGACAAUGUUUUUGUACAUUGGGGAACUCUGUCGUUACCUUUGUAACCAGCCCAGUGUGAUGGUGGAAAGUGCCUAA